AUGGCAUCGUCUAAUAACAACGACGAAAUAUUUAAAGUGGGAAUACGAGUUCCGCCAUUUUGGCCGGAGGAACCCGAAAUAUGGUUUGCUCAGGUUGAAGGCCAAUUCGCCGUCUCAAAUAUAACAGCAGAUGCAACGAAGUUUAACUACGUUAUUGGACAACUUGACCACCAAUUUUCAAAGGAAGUGAAGGACAUUAUUAUUUCACCACCUCCGACGGAAAAGUAUGAAAAAUUGAAAACUGAACUUAUCAAACGUCUAAGUGCCUCACGCGAGAAGCAGGUAAAACAACUACUUAUGCAUGAGGAAUUGGGAGACCGUCGCCCAUCACAAUUUUUACGGCAUUUACAAAGCCUCGCCGGACCGAACGUGCCAGAGGACUUUCUCAAGACCAUAUGGACAAGUAGGCUACCACGCAACGUACAGACAGUGAUAGCUGCUCAACCUACAGCGUCACUGGAGGUGCUCUCUGAUUUAGCAGACCGUAUCCAGGAUAUCGCCCCUGCUACUCCACAAGUGUCAGCUGCAUCAACAUGUGGAUCAUCACUUGACGCUAUGGCCAACGAGAUAGCCGAACUCCGGAGGCAAAUGAAAGUGCUUUUGGAUCGUCAGUCUCGUCCCCGUUCCUGUCAGAGAAGUCGUAGCCGCUCUGAAACGCGAUCGGAAUCCAACUAUAGAAAAUUCCCGAAGUGUUGGUAUCAUGCAAAGUAUGGAUCUAAAGCAAAGCGAUGCGUAAAGCCUUGUGAUUAUCAGGCGGGAAAUGCACAGGGCGGUCGGUAA